AUGCGCACUCUCACGCACCCUCUCACGCACCCUCUCACGCGCUCUCUCAAGCGCUCUCUCACGCGCUCCCUCACCACGCGGCCUCUCAUGCGCUUCCUCACCUGCCCUCUCACGCGGCCUCUCACGCGCUCCCUCACCUGCCCUCUCACGCAGCCUCUCAUGCGCACUCUCACGCGCACACGCACUGUCACACUCUCUCACGCGCACUCUCACGUGCUCUCUCACACGCACUCUCUCGCACACUCUCACGCGCACUUUCACACGGACUCUCACGCACUCUCUCACGCGCUCCCUCACGCGCUCUCUCACGCGCACUCUCACACGCACUCUCACGCCCUAUCUCACUCACUCCCUCACGCGUCUCUCGCGCGCUCACUCGCGCGCACUCUCACGCGCUCACUCGCGCGCACUCUCACGUGCCCUCUCACGCACCCUCUCACGCGCUCUCUCAUGCGCUCUCUCACGCGCUCCCUCCCCUGCCCUCUCAUGCGCUUCCUCACCUGCCCUCUCACGCGCUCUCUCACGCGCACUCUCACGCGCACACUCACUGUCACACACUCUCUCGCUCGCUCACUCACGCGCAUUCUCACGCGCUCAUUCACACGCACUCUCACGCGCCCUCUCACGCGCUCGCUCAAGCGCUCUCUCACGCUCUCCCUCACCAUGCGGCCUCAUGCGCUUCCUCCCCUGCCCUCUCACGCGCUCUCUCACGCGCUCCCCCACCUGCCCUACAUUUGGCACGGCGCCAUCGCGCCAGCACCAUCGCGCAAGGCGCCAGCGUGCACGGCGCCAGCGCGCACGGCGCCAGCGCGCACGGCGCCAUCGCGCACGGCGCCAGCGCGCACGGCGCCAUCGCGCACGGCGCCAGCGCGCAAGGCGCCAGCGCGCAAGGCGCCAGCGUGCACAGCGCCAGCGUGCACGGCGCCAGCGCGCAAGGUGCCAGCGCGCAAGGCGCCAGCGCGCACGGCGCCAGCGCGCAUAGGCGCCAGCGCGCAAGGAGCCAGCGCGUUAGGAGCCAGCGCGCACGGCGCCAGCUCGCACGGCGCCAGCGCGCACGGCGCCAGCGCGUACGGCGCCAUCGCGCAAGGCGCCAGCGCAUUAGGCGCCAGCGCGUUAGGCGCCAGCACGCAAGGCGCCAGCACGCACGGCGCCAGCGCAUUAGGCGCCAGCGUGUUAGGCGCGAGCGCGUUAGGCGACAGCGCGCACGGCGCCAGCCCGCACGGCGCCAGCGCGCACGGCGCCAUCGCGCACGGCGCCAGCGGGCAAGGCGCCAGCGUGCACGGCGCCAGCGCGCACUGCGCCAGCGCCCAAACAGCCACUCGCGCUCCUGCAGCUGCAGUCAGUGGCGACGGCGGGAUGAGCGGGGGAGGCGACGGUGGGAUGGGAGGGGGGGGGGGCAACGGCAGGCUAAGAGGGAUACGACAGCAGGCUACGAGGGAGGCGAUGGCGGGACAGGAGGGAGAAGGUGGGGUGGCAGAAGGAGGCAACGGCGGGUUCCGCACUAUCUUCGCAUCGGGGGAGAAGCCUCAGCAGCAGCAGCAGCAGCAGCAGCAGCAGUCGCAGGAUGAGAAGCAGAUGGUGCAGCACGAGGCGAUGCCCAUGGCAACAGAGAGGAGGGGACAGAGGGACCUAUCAUCCCGUGCCGUUGCUCCACUUGGAGCCUUUUCAGACCUAUUCGACCCGUUAUUCCCGACGAACCGCUCGCUGACGCAGCUGCUCGACUCCGUGGAUCGCAUGUUCGACGACGCGCUCCUGCCUCCCAUGCCGCGCUUCCCCUCUCUCUUCCGCGCCAUCUCGCCGCUCGCCACCAGCAGCGCUGCCACGCGCCCGGGUGUGGCGGUGAGGACGCCGUGGGACGUGCGCGAGACGGACGACGCCUUCCACAUGCGCCUCGACAUGCCCGGUCUGUCCAAAGAGGAGGUGUCGGUGAAGCUGGAGAAUGGCAAUCUGGUGAUUCGCGGAGAGCACAAGGCGGAGGAGAAGGGCCGCGGGGAGGAGGGAGAGGGACUCUGGGAUGCGCGCAUCGCUAAGUCAUACCAGACCACUCUGGCUCUUCCAGACAACGUUCUGACGGAUCAGAUCAAGGCGGAGAUGAAGAACGGCGUGCUCACCGUCACCAUGGCCAAGGAAACUCCGCCAGAGGCUGGCCCCUCGGCCGUAGAGAUCCCAGUUGCUUGA